AUGAAUGUGCUCGGUCUCCUCGUACUGAGUUCCGUUGUGUUUGCUCAAGUCCAUGAUGCGAACCUACAGUUUGUGCCUCCAAUGUCCUUGGUCGGGACCGCGGGAGAGACGGAGGUUCAACCCCGAACAGAUGAUGCGGCCACGGUGACGACCGAGGCGAUUAUUCUCAUCUUGUUACUUCUGAUCCUGAUCAUUCUCACCUGGUUCAUGGUGUCCCUGUCCUGUGCAUUCUGUUGCGACAAACAGUCCAUGUUCACGGUGAACAGCGACGAACACCUAUCCCCAAAAGCACGGGCUUGUAUGUUCCUGUGCCCGAUUGUGCGCUGUUGUAACAAAUGA